AGGACGAGUGCGCGCGGUAGCGUACUAAUGCAAACAGAGCUCUUAACACAGCGACGCAUGUGGAUAUAACUGUUCGGUACAGUAUUUUCGUCCUUGUGCCAUGAAGAACCUUGCCCUGAAGCUGUGGCUCUCCAUCGCUCCGUUUCUUUGUCUGCCGCUGCUCAAUGCCUUGGAGGAUGAGGACUACAUCUGGCCACCGGACAGUUCCGACAAACACCCGCCGUGUGUGGACAUUCCCGAGGACCUGAGGCUGUGUUUUAACGUUGGCUACGGGAGGAUGAUGCUCCCCAAUCUACUGGACCAUGAGACCAUCGCGGAGGUGAAGCAGCAGGCGGUCAGCUGGGUUCCGCUGGUGCACAAAGCCUGUCACAAGGGCACACAGGUCCUGCUCUGCUCGCUCUUCGCCCCAGUGUGCCUCGACAGACCCCUAUACCCGUGCCGCUGGUUCUGCGAGGCUGUCCGGGACAGUUGUGCCCCCAUCAUGCAGGCGUUUGGCUUUCCCUGGCCAGAAAUGCUCAGAUGUGAUAAGUUUCCUUUGGGCGAGGUUUGCAUUUCAUCGAACGCCACCAAGAGUAAUGAAACAGACUUAAUCGCAGGUGGCUCAUCUGUUUGUCCAGCAUGUGAAAAUGAGAUGAAAACAGAUUUGAUUCUGGAUCAGAUGUGUGCCAGUGAAUUUGCAAUCAAGACGAAGAUCAAAGAGGUUAAAAUAGACAACUUGGACCGAAAAGUCAUUCUGCAGAAAAGGAGAAAACUGGUGAGGGCUGGAAGUAUGAAAAAGCAGGAUCUGAAGAAGCUUGUGCUUUACCUGAAAAGUGGAGCACAUUGUCCAUGCCAACAGCUGGAAAACUUAGAGAACCACUAUCUAAUCAUGGGUCGAAGUGUGGGGAAACAGUAUGUUUUGACAGGCAUUCACAAGUGGGACAAUUCUAGCAAAGAUUUUAAGAAAACCAUUAAAAAACUCAAAAACCAUAAAUGUCCGUCUUAUGAUCACGUGUUUAAAUAAUAAUCACUUGGAAACUAAUCUUACAAACAUAACAUGAUAUUACUUUUUGUGUUACAUGCCACAAUCUAGUUUCAAAAGAGCUUGUUUGACAAACAAAUGGUGAAAAAAGUGCAGACGAGUCUUAUUUAGUUCAAUCUCAAGAUGUUUUUCUAAUCAAUCAUCAUUAUGAGUUCUGCUUUCACCUUUUGAUUUAUCUUGUUGGAUUAAUAUCUAUCGGUGCAAUCUGUUUAAAAUGUUUAUGUUGUAAUAUUCAUCACAGCUGUCAGUUAUUCUUCUAUUCAGUACAAUACAUACUGCACAAUACCUUAGAUAAUAAAGUGACAACCUUAACAGUACAUUUUGUCUCGCAUAGGAUGCAAAUCACAAUUAUUCUCGCAGUGAAAUGUGUCCUAUAGCAUGCCUGUGGACUUGCACAAUGCACUGUAAUCAGUCAACAUUAAAACAGAAUGUAUUUUUAAUA